ACACGCUGUAAAAAAGAUGGCGGCGGCGUAUUAUAGUCGGCGAGGGCUUUUAUAAAUAAAGAAAGAGGCGAGGGGGUGCAAAAAAACCACAACAAAACAACAACAACUCGUGAACUAGAGGACGGGCACGUUGCUGCUGCUGUGAGAGGGACACCACGGGGGGGGGGAAAAAUAAUCAAGCACUACCGCACGAUCCUUAGCUUUUUUUUUUUAACAGCCCGUACUCUCGCUCCCCCCCUCCCCUCCCCUUUUAACGCAUUUGUGUAGGUCUUAAUGGAGUGUCCGCAUCUAAACUCCAGUGUCUGCAUCGCCCCGGAUUCCUCCCGGUUCCCGAACGGUUCUCCCUCGUCCUGGUGCUGCAGCGUUUGUCGCUCAAACAAAAGCCCUUGGGUGUGUCUGACCUGCUCCAGUGUGCAUUGCGGAAGGUAUGUGAAUGGCCAUGCAAAGAAGCAUUUUGAAGAUACUCAGAGUCCUGCCAGCAAUCACAAAAAAUCAGAGAAGCAUGAUAAGGAGAAGCCACUACAUGCUGUGUGCAUGGACUGUAGCAGCUACAGCACAUACUGCUACAGAUGUGAUGAUUUUGUUGUGAAUGACAACAAGCUGGGCAUGGUGCAGAAAGUGAGAGAACAUCUUCAGAAUCUGGAGAACUCAGCCUUUGCUGUGGAUAGACAUAGGAAGCGGAAACUGUUAGAAUGCUCAUCUCUCAACAGUAAGCUGUUCAAAGACAAUGGUGGUGCCUCUGCUCUUUGUGCAACAGGCCUUCGCAAUCUGGGAAAUACAUGUUUCAUGAAUGCCAUUCUACAGUCCCUCAGUAAUAUUCAACAGUUCUGCUGCUAUUUCAAGGAGCUUCCUGCAGUGGAGUUGCGCAGUGGUAAAACUGCAGGAAGAAGAAUGUACCAUACAAGGAGUCAGGGGGACACCAGUGUCAGCUCCCUUGUGGAAGAGUUUCGGAAGACACUUUGUUCAUUGUGGCAGGGAAGUCAAACAGCCUUCAGUCCUGAAUCCUUAUUCUAUGUCAUUUGGAAAAUCAUGCCAAACUUCAGGGGAUACCAGCAGCAGGAUGCCCACGAGUUCAUGCGUUAUCUGCUGGAUCAUCUCCACCUGGAACUUCAGGGGGACUGUAAUGGAGUGUCCUGUUCCACCAUCUCUCAGGAUGGGGUCAUGCUCUCUGCAGGGGGCAAAUGCUGCAUAAAUGGGACGUCUACAGUCGUCACGGCAAUAUUUGGUGGAGUGCUUCAGAAUGAGGUGAAUUGUUUGAUAUGUGGGACCGAAUCCAGAAAGUUUGAUCCAUUCCUUGACCUUUCAUUAGAUAUUCCAAGCCAGUUUCGAAACAAGAGAUCAAAGAAUCAAGAGAAUGGCCCUAUUUGCACCUUGCGUGAUUGUCUGCGCAGUUUCACUGACCUGGAAGAACUUGACGAAACAGAGCUGUACAUGUGCCAUAAAUGUAAAAAACGCCAGAAGUCCACAAAGAAAUUCUGGAUUCAAAAGCUGCCAAAGGUCUUGUGCUUGCAUUUGAAAAGAUUUCACUGGACAGCGUAUCUUCGAAACAAGAUAGACACAUAUGUAGAGUUUCCUCUUCGAGGUCUGGAUAUGAAAUGCUACUUAUUGGAGCCUGAAAACAGUGGUCCAGACAGCUGCCUUUAUGACCUUGCAGCUGUAGUUGUACAUCAUGGAUCUGGCGUCGGCUCGGGCCAUUACACGGCAUACGCCACCCACGAGGGGCGCUGGUUUCACUUCAACGACAGCACUGUCACGCUGACGGACGAGGAAACCGUGGUGAAAGCCAAGGCGUACAUCCUGUUCUACGUAGAGCGGCAGACCAAGCCUGGCUCUGACACCAAGCUUUAACACCUCCCCUUUCACAUGCUGCGUACUGAAGCCUUCAGACAUUACGAAACGAUUCCAGCUCUCCAUCAACACUUGACCCAGGACGUCCUCACCUUCACUCCUCAUGCACUUUUCGAGUUGCCAUUGUGAAUUUUUGAGUUUGUUGUAUUAAGUACUAGUAUUUUUUAACAGUUGUUUUCUCCGACAACCAGACGAUGUCAUUGCUGCUUAAAUGAUUUUGUUUAAACACGAUUUUGAGGUAGUGUCAUUUUAGUCAUGUUUGCCUUUUUUUUUAUAUAGCUUCGUGUUACAUUCCUCUCUUGUUGAGGCACAUUUCCAUUUGUAUUAGAUUCCAAAGGUAAUCGUUUUCAUGUUGGGAGAAUGCUUGUCCUUUCUCUUGAAGAAAUCAAAUGCUAUUGAAGAGGAAGGAGACGCUCACAGACAUCAUGUCGCGAUCAUUCAUUAAAUUGCUUUUUUUUAAUCUCCGGCAUCAAAUCCUGUUGGAUUUCUGUGAAGAAGUUUUCAGCCUCUUUGACAUCCCUGUUCAGUCCUUAAAGAAGUGGUUUGAUCCCCUGUGCUCUUAUUUUCUUUGACUUGUAACUUUGUUGUUCCUGCUUAGAUUUGCCAUUCUGACCAGCUGUCCCACCAGACAUUGGAGUUGAACCCAUUUCUAGGUGCUGCAUGUUUUGAACAGGCAGGAGGAAGUCUUGCACGGGUGUUAGUGCACAGUGCUUCCCCAUCGGGUUGUUCGAACGUUCCGCAGCGACAAUUUGCUUCCCCUUGGUUUAUCUCCACAGCGAGCUUUUAAAGAGUCUUUUUCGAAGCAGUUCUUUGAGCAAAGCACGUAACCUAAGCAGAAGCCUUAUUAGAGAAUCAAACAAAGCAUUCGUAAUAGGAUACUGAACAAAUAAGAUUUAAAAUAACAGAUAUACCUCUUUAAUUCAAGAAUUAGUAUGUUUUGAAGAGUUAACUUUUUAUAUUAUGCUGCUUUUGGUUUGGCUGCACUGGUGAAAAAGAUGUAGUCUUACCAAAUUAGAAACGUAACAAAAUGCACCUGGAAUUAAAGAUUCGAGAUCUGAGGUCUUUUAUUUCAUUUCGAUGUGUAUUGAAAUCUGAACCUUAAAAAAUGUAAUGCAAUGUGAAAAUUCUUUAGGACCGUAUCAGAACCUUUUUUUUUUUUUUGGAGGUUCUUGAAUUUUUUUCAUAAGUCUAAGUUCUGACUGUAUUAGCAACUUGACCUUGUGUUGUUAUUAGAAUACCUUUAAUGUUACUUCAUGCUAUUAUUGAACUGUGUAGGAAACUAUACAGUCAAGUGCAAGUUGAACGAUUGUGUCUGAAAGUGUGUGAUCUUUAUUUGUUUUUUUAAUGAGUAAUAAACGUUGAGAGUACACCAAGGAUUUAAUUAAAGAAAUGCAAAUUUAUGGAUUGUUGAUCUCUGGUUAUGUGUGAUUUAAACUCAACUCGAUUGUUCUACUAGAAUUGUCUCUUCAGAAGAUCCGUACCUGAUCAUACAGUUUAUCCAAUAAAAACAUGGUGCUUUGCUGUC